AUGUUGUCGCCCUUGGGUGUCACCCUCAUUCAGUCUGCCAUCCUCAACGCCUUCUCGAAUAUCCUUGCUCAAUUGAUUGAUCAAUAUAAGCAUGGCAAACCGCUCUCUCUCAACGUCAUUGCUCUAAUUCAAUUCGUCACAUAUGCCGUCAUUAUUGUUCCCAUGAACUUCUCAUGGCAGAGGUACGUGGAAGCCAAAUUCCCCGGCUUCCCUAGUACCGCAGGCUGGCGACGAGGACGAGCAUCUCCUCCUUCUUCUUCCUCCGUCGUCAGUUCCUCGCCAGCUUUCUUCACGACACCAACCGCUCCACCGCCUGAUGUUCUUCCGCGAAAGGAGAAACCUGCACGGGACGCGGUUCCAGCAACAGGUUCGAAUUCUGGAAUGCGAAACUUUAUUAUCAAAUUCAUGCUGGAUCAGACGAUCGCGGGUUUUGUGAACAUCGUCAUUUUUAUUUUCCUUAUUAAUCUGCUCAAGGGCGCGAAUUUGUCUACGAUCUGGGACCUCAUUUGCGAGGACUUCUGGCCUAUAACUGUAGCUCGCUCCAAGUUCCGUCCCGUGGUGUCGAUUCUGAUGUACACCGUCGUCCCUGUCGAUAGACGAGUCGUCUUCGGUAGCGCAUGUGGCGUAAUAUGGGGUGUCUAUCUCAGUCUAUAUGCGGCAGUUUAG